UGGCCGCGAUAAUUUCCAGUUUUGAUCAGAAAAAUAUUAUGACCAAGCACGCGGUAAAGAUGGUUGUUAAACUUCUAAUUUGGUAUUAACGCGCUUGUGAUUAUUUUUCGUUGUACCUAGUGCGGUUAUCAUACCGGUCUGCAAUCCAUUAAAAAUAAGUUUUAUUGUUAUAUUGACCAGAAAUAGUUAAUUAUAACAUAAAUAUUAAAUAGUUGUGCUCGGAUUAUUUGUCCAUACCGUUUGCCAUUCGAACGAGUAUUCAGCAUGAAACUGUUAACACAUAACUUGUUGUCAUCGAAAUGUUUGAAAGGAGUUAAAGUUGGGUAUCCGCUUCGCAUUGUGGCGAAAGACGUCAAGAUAUCCGAAUCCGAGUACAACAUGGAGUUUGUAUUAAAAAUGAUACCUAAACUCGAUUGGAAAGUGUUGGUCAAUGCUGCUGAGCAAAUCGGACACGGUAAUAAUUUACCAAUAGAACUGAUUGAGGACUAUGAAGAUGAUGAAGAAUUACUCAAGAAAAUACAUCACGUACUCAUGGAAGUAGAAGUUAUAAAUGGUGAACUUAUCUGUCCAGAAACACAAAGAAUAUUCCCUAUAUCUGCUGGUAUACCAAACUUACUGUUGAACGAAGAUGAAGUUUCCUAAAUACUAUGACUAAAAUACUUCCUAUUUGUUUAAAUUGUUCAUAUAAGUUAUAAAUAAAUAAUAAUAAUUUUUAUUGUUUA